AUGCGCAGCUCAGUCAGCUCCGCCUUGGCUCGGCGCCGUGCUGCUGGAGGGCUGCUCCCCUGGCGUCGCCUCCUGCGCCCGCCAUGCGCGCGGGCUCGGGCCGCGCUCGCCACCUCGAGUGCGGCGGCUACCCCUUUCCUUUCGUCGUCGGGUCGACCGCCGAAGCUGCCUGGAAGGCUAUCAGGGCGCUCGGGCUGGACCACUGCUCCACGGAGCGACCCUCCCGUCCCCGUGGUUGUCCACGGCAGCGGACCUGCUCAGAAUCUUCUCGUGCACUACGGGCUUGCCUUCCCCGUACCUCUUCAGCCUCACGUCUAUCGCGCCGCAGCUUCGUGGAGAAGCAGCGAUGCAAAGGAGAUGGCGGCCUGGUGGCCAGAUCGCGAGAUGCCCAACGCCAAUUGA